AUGCCUGGCCGCAGCAUCUUCCUCCUCGACGAGCUCAUCGGCGUGGCGUCGGGUGGGAGGCCGGUGUCUCUCCAAAAGCUGCACGUCAGUCAACCCUCGAACUUCAAGGCUCCCACGAAGGCCCCUGCCGCGACCGUCAAGCAGUCGGCGCCGCCAGUCGCCGCCGGCGGAGGUGGCGGCGCGCUGCCUGCGACCAAACUGCUCUACCAGGCGGACACGUACCUCUUCACGGCCGAGGCGACUGUGCUGGAGGUGGGCGAGAAGGCGGGCGGCGGCGGGUGGGCCGUAGUGCUGGAUGAAACCUGCUUCCACGCGCAGGGCGGCGGGCAGCCGGCCGACACGGGAGACACUGUGUCGCUGGCGGUGGACGAGCCGCCGAGGAGGCGCCGCGGGCAGCACGUUGAGGCCGACCAAGGGGCGGCGAUGGAUGAGCUCAUCGCGCGGGCGGUGCCUUCGACGGUGCAGACGGUGGACGCGACGGCGCUGGGCGACUACUGCUCGCCCAACACCAUCCCGUCCGACCCGGCGCUUUGGGGCAAGGGGUGGGUGCGUGUGGUCGGGGUGGGAGGCAUGGUCUGCCCGUGCGGAGGGACGCACGUCGCAGACACGAGGGAGCUAGGCCGCCCGAUGCGGGAGGAGGAGCGCAUUCUCGGCCGCGCCGUCAAGGUCGAGGCCGUCAAGGGGAAGGGCAAGGUGACGCGGAUUUCGUACACCGUGCUCGAUGGGUAA